CGACUCUCGUGAAACGAUCAUGGAGACGAAGUCGGUGACGACGGCGGCGGCGCCCGCCGUCCAGACCAGCAGCGUCAGCAUCGAAGAGAUUGUCCCACGGAAGAUUCGUGACAUUGGCACGAUCGCUCUGGAGGCCCUGGGGAAGAUCGACACAGUCCUGGCGUUCGAGCUGAGCCUCAUGAACGACCACAUGAAGACCAUGGAAGGCGAGAAUGCGCUCAUCAAGGCCGAGAAUGACAUGUUAAAAGCAAAGUUGGUCCAACAACGCGAAGACGAGGCCGAUAUCUACUACUACUUGCACAAGAAGUUGGAUGCAAACUACGAAGUGAUCGCACAGCUCGAGAGCGACAUUCAAACGGUCAAGCAAGAGCGAGACGCCAUGGACGUGGCGUUCCGGUUGAAGCAGCAUGAGACGGAAGAAGCGUUUGCAAAGGAGAAGCGGGAGCUGACGGAGCGCGUGGAAGGCGCGGAAGAUACAUUGCAUGCGCUCGAAGUGUUUCGCGAGCGUAAAAUCGCCCUCGAAGACAAGAUCGCCGCGAUGGAAUCGACGCUGGUUGCCGAGAAGGAAAACCACCGAAAGCAACUCGUGGACAUGGAGCGGCGAAAUGUACAGGAAAAAGAGCGGAUCAAGAAAGACAUGUUGAUGAAAAUCAAGGAAAACAAGCAAAAUUUACUCGCGCGAACGGAAGACCAGCUCGACACCACGACCAAGCGCACGAUGAUGGAAAACGAUCAAAUGAUUUCCGAGUUGCAAUACCAGAGCAAAGAAACGGAGAAAUUGCUGGCGAAAUACAAAGCACUCGAGACCGAAGUCGUGCACCUCCGUCUCCAACUCAAGGUCAACAAAGAGACCGAAGUCGAGAUGGCGAAGCGAACGCAUUUUUAUCAAAAGCUCAUCAAGAAGCUCAACGAACGAGUGCAGAGCGACCAGUUGGCGGCGCGGACGCACGCCGCCCUUGCCCAAGGCGAAGAGCGAUCCAAAGCAGACGUGAACAAGGCGAACGAGGAAAUGAUUGCACUCCUCGAGACCAAGUCGAACGCCCUCGAAGCCCAACUGCGAACGUUGUGUGCCGAAUUGAACGACGCCAGAAGUCAACUCGACGACGCACGGACCGAGAAACACGACAUGCUCGCUCAACAAGACGACACCCUGCGAUUCCUCAGCGUUGCCAUCCACGAUAUCACGCACCAGUUGGCGCUCCGUGGCCACGACGAAAAGGGGCUGUCGUCCCUCCAAGUGUGGCAGGCGGGCGAUAUCAUUCCUGCCAGACUCGACGACUUGGCGCCAUCGGAAGUGAAGAAGGUGCUUCAAAUGCUAUUUGGCAAGUUGCAUGCGUAUCAAGCAUCGAUUGUGCAAACACGGCCGGUGCUGCAUGACCCGACCGCAUCGUCGCUCCAGCAAGUGCUCGUCUCUCCAGCCACGGACAAAAAGACCUCGACGUGUACAUACGGCGUCGAGUUGCCGCCGUUGCAGCCGGGAAAGCAGCGCCAAGAUCAAUUGGAGAUUCUGAAAGCUCUUGCGACACGGGGGGACUCUGUCGAGCGCGCGACGCGACCUGGCAAUGCGGCAAACGCGGUCUUUGAGUCGCCGACGGGGGUGCACCUCCGAUCGAUUGCUGUUCAAACACUGCCAGAAUGGAGUGCCGACAACAAACGGAAAACAACUGCGGCAUCGACCCAUCGCAGCAUCUCGACGUUGUAUCACCAUGUGGACCGCACCAAGCGCCAUCACCGGCGGAGACCCCGCGACGUGUUGCAUGGUGACGAAGGAAGCCAUGAUAGCCAGGGAGGGGGCGACGCGGCGUCGCCUGGCCUCAUGGGAAUGACCGCGGCGGGACGGAUGGAAGCAGGGCCGCCCGUCCUCAUGUCCAAAGCAUCACGACCCACGGUGAAGACACGCAUUGUCUUGCCAGACGCGCAUCGGCUGCCUCUUCCGAGCUCCGCUAGUCCUGGGUGAUCCAUCAUGAAAUCGUACGUUGCUCGUGGCUGA